UGUUGGAUAACGAUGGGGAGUAAAAGACAAUCUCGAUCAAGUACCUAUUGUUGGUUUGCUUUUCAUUUUUCCUUCCUGCUUUGUUUCGGAAAGCAGACUUUGGCUGAAUUGAGGUAUUCUAUUCCAGAGGAGACGAAAGAAGGUACUGCUGUUGGAAAUGUUGCUAAGGAUCUUGGUUUGGAAAAAACCUCUUUGAUUGACCGACGAUUUCGAGUUGUGUCUGGAUUUAAGGACGCUUUUUUCGAGGUAAACCCGGACAAUGGUGCCUUACAGGUCCGUAAAAAGAUCGACAGAGAGGAGCUGUGUCGCGGCAGUGGUGUGUGCGUAAUGGAGCUGAAAAUCCUUGUUGAAGACCCUCUGGAAAUGCACCAUAUUUUUGUAGAAAUUACGGACGUAAAUGAUCAUUCCCCCAGCUUUCCUGAAAAGGAACAGCAUUUUCAAAUAGCAGAACAUACAUCUCCAGGAACUCGAUUCCAACUGCACGCGGCCCGUGAUCCCGAUGCUGGCAUUAACUCUAUCCACACAUAUACUUUAACGUCAAAUGAUCACUUUGAAAUAGAUGUUAGUCAAAGCGAUGAGGAAAAAAUUCCAUUUUUAGUGCUGAAGAAACCGUUGGACAGAGAACAAAAGAAUAAACAUUCGCUAUUGGUCACAGCAGUUGAUGGAGGUAAACCGCAAAGAUCAGGCACACUCAAUGUCUCUAUCAUUGUUCUUGACAGUAAUGAUAAUCGUCCGAUAUUCAAUCCAGAUACUUAUAAUAUAGAAAUAUAUGAAAACGUCCCAGUUGGUACUACUGUUACAAAAGUGAAUGCAACAGAUCCAGACGAAGGGACUAACGGGGAAAUAGAGUACAGCCUUAGCAGAACAUUAUCACGUAACAUUUACGAUAUAUUUGAAUUGGAUAAGUUAACUGGACAAAUUAAAUUGAAAGGAGUCGUUGAUUUUGAGGAAUCCGAGAAUUAUAAACUAGAUGUUGUGGCAUCUGACAAAGGAUCACCUCCAUUAAUAGGGAGGAGUAGAAUCAUUAUAAAAGUGAAAGAUGUCAAUGAUAAUCCACCAGAAAUAGAAAUAACAUCACUGUCAAAUACAGUGUCUGAAGAUUCAAAACCUGGCACAGUUAUUUCACUUAUUAGUGUGACUGAUAAAGACUCCGGUGUAAACGGAAAAAUUAUCUCACGCAUAACAGAAGAAGUGCCUUUUGAAUUAAAACCUUCUUAUAGGGAAAACAUUUAUUCAGUUGUCACGAAGGGAUUUUUGGAUCGGGAAAAGGUGUCACAUUAUGAAAUAUCCAUACAAGCCACCGAUUGUGGUGAACCUCCACUAUCUACUGUUAAAACUCUGAGUAUUCAGAUAUCAGAUGUAAACGACAACAGACCACAUUUUGACCAAAGUCCAUUACAGUUUUAUCUUGUUGAAAAUAACGUUGCUGGACAGUCAAUAUUCUCUGUAAGCGCAAAGGAUAGGGAUUCAAAUGAAAAUGCAGCUGUGUCUUAUCAUAUUGUAAGAGGAAGGAGUGAAAAUGAUGUAACGUCAUUCCUAAAUAUAAACUCUGAAAAUGGACACAUCACAGCACUUAAAAGUUUUGACUUUGAAACUCUGAAAACGUUCCAGUUCCAAGUUGUUGCCUCAGAUUCUGGAACUCCGUCACUGAGCAGCAACGUCACAGUGAACGUGUUCAUUCUGGAUCAGAACGACAACGCUCCAGUCAUCCUGUAUCCAGUCAGCUCUAACGGUUCUGCUGAAGGUGUGGAGGAGAUUCCCCGCAAUGUGAACGCAGGACACCUGGUGACUAAAGUCAGAGCCUAUGACGCUGAUAUAGGAUAUAACGGCUGGUUACUGUUUUCACUGCAGGAAGUUACUGACCACAGUCUCUUUGGUUUGGACCGCUAUACAGGACGGAUCAGAACACUUCGCUCAUUCACAGAGACAGACGAGGCUGAGCAUAAACUGGUCAUACUGGUGAAAGACAAUGGGAACGUCUCACUCUCAGCAACAGCCACUGUGAUGGUCAAAGUUGUGGAGCCCAAAGAGGCUUUUGCUGCUUCUGAUGUUAAAAGUGCCACAAAGGAUGAUGAGGACAGUAAUGUGACUUUUUACCUGAUGAUAACUUUGGGCUCAGUCUCAACACUUUUUCUCAUCAGUAUCAUCGUGCUGAUUGCAAUGCAGUGCUCUAAAUCCACAGAGUAUACUUCUAAAUACCUACAAGAGACUAAUUAUGACGGGACACUGUGUCACAGCAUCCAGUACAGAUCUGGAGAAAAACGCUACAUGUUAGUGGGACCCAGAAUGAGUGUAGGAUCUACUAUAGUCCCGGGCAGCCAUGCGAACACUCUAAUGCUCCCUGACAGGAGGACACCUGGAGAGGUAAGACAUUAA